GCUAAGAAACGUCAGCUGCACGAGUCGUCUGUGGAUGUUGAAGUUUGGAUGCCGAAGUUUGCUGACGGGGUCGUCUCCGUUUAGACGUCUACGAAAGAUUGAACUUUCUAUGGAAUGACAGGCAAUCAUAUGAAAACAAGUCAAGUGUACAAGAGAGCAGCAGACCACAUCUGGCGACACAAGGUUAAGACGUUUUUUGUAACAAGUGUUAGCUUUGGUUCAACACACAAGUUAAUCACUGAAGCAUAAUUUAUGAAAGGACUUGUUUAUGUUAACUACAGUGAAUUCAAUGUCUAGACAAGUCCUGUGAACCUUGAUCAUUGAAGGCAAAGUUGGUGAUGCAGCAGGCUGCAUUCGUGUGCCUUCCUCUUGAAGUUUGGAAAUGCACUGGGAUACUUCAGUCAGCAAAACUACAACUUCAUCCAAGUUUUCUCACCUUUCCUAAGUUAUUCUGAACUGGUGAGCUCACAUUUAAAGAUUUGACUAAAAGAGAAGGUGUGAAAAUGGCUGAAGACAACGAGGAAGAAAUUUACUCUGGGUUUGGCACCCUGAAUGAAAGUUCAGACCUAGAUGUCAGCCGACUUAUUACUGAAGAGGAUUUGAUUGACAGCCUGUUCUUCAUUUGUGAUGCUGAUAAAACCGGCUACAUACCAGUGUCACGCAUCAUCGACUUUGUGAAGUGCACAAUAAAUGUCACAGAGGCUGGGCAGUCAGAGUUAGAUGAGCUUGUGAAUUUACUGGACCCCAAGCAUGAAGAUGUCCUGGUGAAUUUAGACACUUGUAGGAAACAGAUCUCAGAAUGGAUUGAAAAACUCAAACCUCAAAGUGAACUGGCUGAUGUUUCGAUGCCAUCAAUGAAGACCCCGAAGUCAAAAUCGCGCUAUAGCAGUGAUAUACCAGCCAGUGGUGCUAAACGCUUAAAAUUUGAGGGCGGCGACUUCGUCAGACCGUCAGAAGUAUUGAUAGCUGACCUGAACAGUAAGAUAGAAACCUUGGAAAACCAGAAGAAAAAAAUGUCAGAGGAGAAUGCCAAGUUACGACUGCAGCUUGAAGCUGUGGAGGAGACAGCUGCUUUCCAGUCCCAGAAGCUGGAGGAGAUGACAAGGAGAAUGAGGAGUCUUCAACAGAUAGUGGAACGCCGAGAGCAGACAUUGUCAGAGAAUGGAGACCUGAAGUCAACGGUAUCAAUUCUGGAAGAGAAAAGGAAAGAACUCUUACUGCAGCUGAAACAGAUGGAGAGAGCAAAUACACAUCUGGAAAAUCAAGUCUUUGAUCUAGAGCAGAAGCUUGUGAAGGCCAAAACAGAGGUUCAAAUUGCAGAGAAGCAACAAAAUGACAUGCAAACUGCUCUCUUCAAGCAAAAGCAUUUGUGGACAAAAACAGAAGAGGAGAAAGAGUUAAUUGAGGCUCGCUUGAUGGAGAAAUCAAGGAAGAUUGAAGAUUUGCAGCAAAACUUGGACAAUUUCAAGAAAUCCAACUGUGAACUGAAAGAUCAGAAGGUUGAGUUGGAACUGCAGUUGAGUGAAAUGCAACAAAAGCUAACAGCAGCACAAAUGAAAGCUGAAAAGUUUGGUCUGCCUAGUUCUUUAGCCAGUUCAGAUGAGGAGUGUGAACCAGUGUCAGGUCCAAGUGCAGCAAGUACCCCUAAAAUGAAUAAAGGACCCAAAAAGUCCUUGGGCAUGGAACUGAGAAAAAUGCUGGAAGACGAUAAGCAUCUGCCUUCUCCUUUAUGUGAGAGAGAAUGGGAAGACUCAGUGUUCUUGGGACUUAACGAAAAGGACUCUGUAAAUAAUAACAAACUAGAUUUCAGUAGUGGACUGGCACGGCUUCGAGACAUCACCUCCUCAAAUGAUGACAUUAACCAUUUUUCCUCAUCUGUGACAUCUGAGAUCAUGCAGCGCCAACAGCUUGUUAUAAAGAAAAUGACAGAUCUAGUUGAGGCAGCUGACCCCAGCGACCAGGCCAAACUAUGCUGUACACCAUCCACUUUCAAGAUGAAUCUCAAGGACGACUUUGAGUUCUUAACCAAGAAAAUAAACGAUUUGUCCCAUGCUAAAAAGAAGGCUGAGGACAGAGCAAGCAGAUUGAUGACAGGUUAUCAAAAGUUAAAAGAUGAGAACAUCCGGUUACAUCAGAUCCAUGAGGAUUCCCUACAGCAGAUGCUGGACUGUUCGAGUGGAUUCCAGGCAACACUGGACGGACGACUCCUCAUUAUCAAGGAACAGCUUGAAGAGAAGAAAAAAACUAUCAGGGACUUGGAAGACAAGGCCUCUUCAAUGAAACUUGAUUUGAAUAAGAUUCUGAGUGAAAAGCUUCAGCUACAGUGUACAGUGGAUGAUUUGAAGAGGGAGAAGGGUGACAUGGAAAAAGAAAUCCACAAACUCAAACAGAACAAUCUAGAAGUGUCAGAAAAAUUACACAAGUCUGAGUUGAAGGCUUUAGAGCUUAAAGAGGAAGUUCAGAAUUCACUUGGCAUUCUCUCCAAAGAGACACAGAGGUGUAAACAUCUGGAGGAAAGUCUGGCCCAGUCUCAGCAUGGUCAUCAAGUGGAUUUACAGGAAAUCUGGAGGGUUGUGCAGAAGGAAGUGGAGCGAGACCAGCGCAAUGAACAGGAAGAGCUGUAUAGGUCCACGGAUUGCCUGAAAGGACAGGUGGCCCGGGAAAUCGAGACCCUCAAGAGUCAACUCUACAAGACACAGGCUGCUUUUACCGCCCUAAAACACAAGACCAAGCAGCUCCAAGCCCCUGUAGGAAAAUGUGAGUUGCGGAUUAGCCACCCUACUCAUCAGUAUGAAGACCCAGGCCCAAGCUCUCCCCUUGUUGAUGCCCUGACGAUCGAGUUCUUUGAUGGUCACCAGCUAAGCCGCAGGAACAGUCGUAAAUCCCACACGUUUGCUACUGUAGAGGAAGCCUUGUAUGGCCAAGGUAACCUGUCUGCGCCAAGUAGGAGUCGAGAUUUAGCCAUUUCCUGUCCGUCUCUGUCCAGUCAAAAUGAGUUAGUGACCAGCAGCACCCAGACAGAAGAGGUGAGGGUAUCCUCGCACACGAAUCUUAACACGUCUAACAGCUCCAGUACCAGUGGAGUCCUUGACUUGGAUGUCAGCUCUGGCAGCUUGCGUAGCCUGGACGGACGCAUUCGCAGGAAAAACUUUCUGCGAAGUUUACAGAGGUUUGACAGUGAGAGUCAGACCUCACAAAGCCUGGAGAGUAACACGGAUACAGACAUUUCUAUUCCACGACAGAGAAGUCCAAGCUUUCUGGCAGCCAUAGAAAGUGGUAAAUCUGAUCCGAAGCCUUCUAGUGAAUUGGGACUUAAGCGAACCAACAGCUUUACUACUGCCAUAGAAAACCACGCAAAUGGACCAAUAUUUCCAAGGAGUCGAAGCUCAAGUUUCCAAGCUGCCAUUGAAAGUGGACAGCGCACUCCAACAGAGGAUCUGGUUGAAAUGGAUUUUGUUUCAACGAGCCCCGAAGUGACUCCUGAAAAUCCCAAUUUCCCCGACUACGUCCUCAACCAGUGGGGAAAUGUGACAACAUAUAACAACAACAACAACAAUAAACAGACUGAACAGAGGACUGUGUCUUUUGUGUCCUCCAUAUAUAUUCCCGAUGAUAACUUAAAUGCAGAGUACAACGAAAUUCCAUCUCAUCCUCAACAUGGCUCCAGGCAGGACUGCCCUCAGUAUAAUAACAGCAGUAGGACAAGUACAAAUCUUAAGUAUGUCACCGACCAAAACUCCAACUCUCCAUGUUUUACGGGUAAAACCUCAGCUGCUGUGGAAGCAGAUCUACUUGGGAAAACAACGAAUGCCGUCUCGCAGCAAACUGAGGAAAGAAGGUUAUCGCCGAAACCUGCCAGAAAACUGUCCACAUUAGUCGAGGAAGAUUUGGUGGAGGCUGACAAUUCCUCACCUGAAAACGCAGAAGAACUCUCUAGAAGAAUAGCAUUAGAAAGCAGUUUCCAUGACAAUGACAGAGUACUAACAACAUUUAGCGAGGUACACACGAAAAUGCCGGGAAGCCCAAGUGUACCUCAGUCCUCUCCAGCUAGGUAUGCCUCUGUCAUGUCUGUCAAGCUGGACUGCAACUCACCAGUUUCCUCGCCAAGAUGCUCAGCCAGAAAUGUGAACAGAAUGGUAAGCCCUGCAGGAUGCUCAGGUUCACCAGUAAAUAGUGGCCUCGACCCAGGGGAUCAGCAGACUCAGGUGCCCCCAGUGGGGAGGCGAGUGGCCUACACGCCACCAGCGUCUAUCAUAGAUAACCAAGGAUCCAAGUCCCCUCUCCUCUCUGAGAAGUCGAGUCUGGUGGCCAAAGCCAACAGGAGCAAACUUCAGCAGAACAAACAGGAGACAUCCAGGAAGACUAAGACCCAGACGGACGCUGGGGAAUCUACUCCAGACAUCUCGAGCGCUCCAAAAGUGAAAAGUGCGAGGAAGAAUUUGGCUAGAUUAAUCAUAGAACAUGAUGCUGCCAACAGGUCUUCAGCCACUGUAGAGACCGUCACAACACAUACAGCAGUAGUACACGAGGACCAGAGCAGUGAACAGCCUUCAGGAAUGGAUUCCCAGGUGGUGUCCCCACGGAGUAAAAACCGUCCCCUUACCAGACAUCUCAGCAUACACGAGGAGACAACGGAUGGCAUUGUCAGUUUCCACCCUUCAGCCAACACCAGCUCAAAGAGUCCUGUGGCGGCUGAUUUGUCUGAAGUAGAACUGAGCAGGUCUUCCACUCAAGAUGGUUCCACUAAUCACACAGAUCAAUAUGAUGCACUGACGAGAGAUCACACUUCUCCCAAACCUCCCAAAAUAUCUUCUCCCAUCUCAUUGGCCAAGAUCAGAGAGGAACACCUGGCCAGGAAAAGAGAGCAAAUGAAACACUUCAAGAUGCCUGAACUUUCAGAACUGACAGAAGGGGCCUCUCAGGGGAAAGAAACUCCACAGGUUACUCACCUCAAGGGCAUCACAGGUAUGGGUGACACACCCAUGAAGAAUCCAGCCUAUCCCAGCUUACCAGACGACGUCCUCAGAUCACUCGGCUUAUUCAAGGAAAACAAGUGUGAAAGCAACGAGCAACUCACUGAUCAAGAAGUUGAGGAGAAAUUCGCACGCUUGGCGCUGGCCUUUAAGACAGACAAAUUAACUCUGGAAAAAAGACUGGAGAUCCAGGAACGGUCUCGGGAUGUAGCAGAGCAAAAUAUUGAAAAGGAGCUACAAGGCAUAAAGGAAUCAGUGAUAAGCCUAAAUUCCAUGUGUGUGAAUGUCAAUACAAGGGACAUGUUGGCAAAGCUUCAGCAUCAUCUAGACGUGCUGGAGCAGUCCACAGUGAGAGUGUCAAGUAGAGCAGAGGUGUAUGGGGCAGUGCAACAGGAGAGUCGUAUGAGUAAGGCAAUAGAUGUCAUGAUACAGCAUGUAGAAAAUCUCAAACUGCUUCAUGAAAAGGAACAUACAGAGCUAGAAGAGGCUAGGAAAUUCUUACAAGACAACAGAGUGUACAAUUCUCUACAAGGAUCAGAAACGGGUAAUUUCGAUGCCAUCAACUUGAGUAAGAGAUCUCUCUCCCUGGCAGGAAAUGCAACUGUAAAGGGUGCCAGAAGACGAAACAGUGUAUCAGUACUACCAAAGAUAUUAGGAGGGUCUGGGACGCCUUUUAGCCUAAGUCAGUCCAGCUCAAUGGAUAGCUCGUGUUACUUUGACUCCAGAAUGUUUUCCGACCUGUCUGAGUCCUGGGAUGAGGAUCCGAAGACACGAUUCCAAAGUGCUAUAGCCAGUACUACAGUGAGGUCAGCUGUGGCGGGGGCGUUGAGACGGGCCUCGACGGAAAGGUCCCCCAGUAACCCCUCCCCCAAUCUGUCCAAGCAAUCUGUGAUACAGGACAAACCUUUAGACAAGUCAACAGAUGAGGGAGGGGAUAGAACAAGUACUGCUGCCAUGGGAGAGGCAGAGAAAAAGAAGACAACAGAAGAAGAUGCUUUCCAACGAGGGUUUGAACAAGGUGUGCGGGCUCACCUGGGCAGAGAGAUGACAGAGCUGAGGGAACAGCAGCAGGCCUUCUGUGACACACUGGAAGAGCUCAUGGAUGAGAAUGAACUAACUCCAGAAGAAGCUGAGAGUGAUAAAGGAACUGUGAUAGACCGCUUGUGGCAGUUGUUCCCAGAGUGGGAGAAGUCCGGCCAGAAGAUUCGACUGACAUUGGCUGGGUUCGUCUGUCUAAUGGCCCUGUGUAGUAUUUUCUUCAGUCUGAUGCCUGUGGGAGCCGUUACUGUGGAAGGCUCACUUACAUAUCCACAAAAGCCACCAGCAUAAGGAUAAUUAACAGUGAAGACAAUAUUGCUUGAUUGAUUUAAUGUGAUACAAUCCAGUGAGCUAAUGAAAGCAGCCUAUUGUUGCACUGGACCCACAAGGAUAUUGUUACUUCCACCCAUGCUGUGGAGGUAGGUGUAGACCUGUUGACAGGCCAGAGGGAGACAAGGCUCUAAUGAGUGGUCACAGAGAGACAAUACUGCCUGAUGGACAUGAUGGGAUACAGUCCAAUAAGCAAAGGAGCAAUGUCCUUCGAUGACAUCUUGGACAAUCCACAUGUUACAUUGCUUGUGACAUCUCACCAUGGAGAUGCACUGGUCGUUUUAACCUAUAGGGGUCAUUCUGGAAAUGACAACAACAAUUACAGCAUCAACAGAACAUUCCCCUCCCUCUCCCUAUCCCAAUUUCUCUUGUCACAGAGGUGCUGGAAGCUAAAGAAUGACUUGUUACAGUACACCAUACAUGUAGUGGCCCUCUAGUGGAGAUGCUGGACAUGCUUGAUGUCUAAUGUGUAAAUGCUCAGACAUAUCACCAGUUCCUGCUCUGUGCUGCAUUCCAUACAGGGAAGUACUGGCCUGAAUCGAAUUUCAGUGGGGUAAUGAUACAUCUGUGUGUGGAUGAGAGCAGUGGGUACAAGCAUCAGCAGGAGACCCCUUUGGUACUGGAGAUACUGUGUAUAGUAUUACAUGUACCUCUACCCCAAGUGGGGAGCCAGAUUACUGUUAAAUCUGUGGGAUGAUGAUGGUGGGUCAGUACAGCAGUAUGGAGGUGGGGGUGACGGACCACUACCACUGAAAGGUAAUGCUUCAGAGCCUAGCGGAGGGGUGCUGUAUACUGACUACACUAUGGCUACACCCUCAGUGGAAGUGGGUGUUGUAUGUAUAUAGCAAGUUACCUGAUCUGUGUCCAGUUGGUAUAGUGCUGGGUGUCCAUUUCAACCAACCUCCACGCCCCUCUCACACCUAUUGCCCUUUGACCCCCCUCCCACCAACUGCUGUGAUCGCUGGAUGUGUCUUAACUGUAUGGAAUCUUCUUCUCGGAGCCAUUUUGCCAGCUGAUGUCUUUUAUAUUAAUUUAUUAAACCUAAUGAUAAAAAAAAAUUGAGAUAUGAGAUAUUGGAGGAAUCAGUACUUGUUGAAUCUUUUGUGUUUAAGUUAUUUGACUUUUUAUUCAACUACGCCAUUAUACACAUGUUUCUGUCUUCAUAAAGACAUGUCAGAGUUUUUUGCUGGAACAAAUUGUUAAUAUGAUGUACUCUAAAGAUAAUAUAAAAUAGGUGAUUUAAAGUUUAAAAAUUAUAUAUUGUAAUGUUGUGAUGAAAAGUUGUCUGGAAAGUUCAGGGGCCAAUAUUUAUUUAUUCAGAUGCACAGGAUGUGAUGGGUUUGUUAAAAUAAUUUGGUGAACUGAGGACAUAUAUGUCAGUAUAAGAAAAGAGAUUCAGGGUGUAAAUCUCCCUUGUUCUAAGGACUUGAAGUCUUUGUAGUGUGCCGGUGGCCUAACUGUUGAUCAGAUAAUUUAUUUUAAUGUCAUUUUAGUAAGGAAUUUCGAUCAUUUUCGUCUAAAGUUUUGAUAUCUCACCAAUUUCUUAGCAAUGUUAGUGGGUUUUUUUUUUUUUUUUUUAAAUGUGUGACUUUAUUUUUCUGUUACAGGCUGUAACUUAACCAGAAAUGAUGUAAUGUUUGGCAGUUUCAUGACAUGUCAUCAGUCAGUAUGAAAUUGUGCAAGUGUCAGCUAAG